AUGGUACCAACCUCAGUGUUCCUUCUGACAGGCGUACCGAGACUGGAGCAUGUACACCACUGGUUUGCUGCUCCUUUAUCUUUCAUGUAUGCUACUGCAAUUUUGGGAAACGGCACCAUGCUGUUUGUUACAAAAGCGGAGCCCAUGUACUAUUUCCUUUCUAUGCUGGCCUCCACGGACCUGGGUGUGACUCUGCCCAUGCUGCCAACGGUGCUGCUUGUGCUUUGGUUCAACUCCCGAGAAAUCAGCAUCAGCGCCUGCCUCCUCCAGAUGAUCUGCAUCCACUCAUUUUCCUUCAUGGAGUCCUCGGUGCUCCUGGCCAUGGCCUUUGACCGCUACGUGGCCAUUUGCAACUCUCUGAGAUACACCUCCAUCUUGACCAGCCCCAGGAUUGCUAAAAUAGGACUGGCAAUUGUCUGUAGAUGUAGGUUGGUGCUGGCCCCGUUAAUCUGUUUUCUUACACUUCUGCCAUUCUGCAGGUCUCAUGUGCUCUCCUAUUCCUAUUGCUUGCAUCAGGAUAUAGUACAACUGGCCUGCUCAGAUACCACCUUCAAUAGUAUCGGUGGCUUAACUCUAAUCCUGCUCAUAGUGGUACUAGAUCUGCUGCUGAUUACCCUGUCUUAUGUUAUGAUCAAUCAGAGGGUCUUAAGCGUCAAGUCCAAGUAAGAGCGCAUGAAGGUCCGGAACACCUGCGUCUCCCACAUCUGUGCCGUCCUGAUCUUCUACAUCCCCAUGGUUGGCUUGCUGAUCAUUCGCAGGUUUGGGGAAAAUGCCGCCCCCAUCAUCCACGUUCUCAUGGCCAACAUCUACCUUUUUGUACCCCCGGUGCUCAACCCUGUCAUCUACAGCAUGAAAACCAAACAGAUUAAGGAAGGGAUCCAAAGGAUCUUGUGUCAAAAAAAGCCCUGA